AUGUACCAUCCUAAUUCCUCUGAAAUGGAGAUCACCACCUUCUUUCUGAUUGGAAUCCCAGGCUUUGAACAUUUUCAUGCAUGGAUAUCCAUUCCCAUCUGCCUCAUGUACCUGGUGGCCAUCCUGGGCAAUUGCACCAUUCUCUUUGUGAUAAGGACUGAACCCUCACUCCAUGCACCCAUGUACUAUUUCCUUUCCAUGUUAGCUAUCUCUGAUCUGGGUCUCUCUCUCUCCUCUCUUCCAACUAUGCUGAGGAUCUUCUUGUUCAAUGCCACUGGAAUCUCCCCAAAUGCCUGUUUUGCUCAAGAAUUCUUUAUUCAUGGAUUCACAGACAUGGAGUCCUCAGUACUUUUGGUCAUGUCUUUUGACCGCUUUUUGGCCAUACGCAACCCUCUAAGGUAUAGCUCUAUCCUCACCAGUGCUAGAGUUGCCAAAAUGGGGCUGGUGUUUCUUCUUAAAAGCAUGCUCUUAGUGCUUCCGUUUCCUUUCACCCUGAAAAGACUGAUCUAUUGUAGGAAGAGCCUACUUUCUCACUCCUAUUGUCUCCAUCAGGAUGUCAUGAAGCUGGCCUGCUCUGACAACACAGUCAACUUUUUCUAUGGUUUCUUCGUUGCUCUGUGUAUGAUGUCAGACAGUGUGUUCAUUGCAGUGUCCUACGUGUUCAUUCUGAGGACUGUGAUGGGAAUCGGUUCCCAUAAAGAGCGACUCAAGGCCCUCAACACCUGUGUCUCCCACAUCUGCGCUGUGCUCAUCUUCUACGUGCCCAUCAUUGCUUUGGCAUCCAUGCACCGCUUUGGCAAGCACAAGUCUCCAAUGGCCAUGAUCCUCAUUGCUGAUGUUUUCUUGCUAGUGCCACCUCUGAUGAACCCCAUUGUAUAUUGUGUGAAGACACGGCAGAUUCGUGAAAAGGUUCUGGGUAAAUUGGGUAUAAAAUAA